AAGACAACUCGGUCGUGGCUAGGAAGCAUCGCGGAGGAGGUAGAGGGACGCCGGCGGAGCUUCGCCGAGGGGCGGGGGGGACACCGGCGAGGCUGCCCUAGGAUAGAUACACGUGUGAAGGCGUGUCUGAAACCGCCGGCACUGGGCUCGUCCUCGUACAGCCUCUCUCAGAAAGCCCACGCUUCAACUUUGGACCGCAACACGAAGCUCUUGGAGGGCCCUAAUACACAAACCGACGUCGCAUCUCGACUUCUGCGACCUUUGUGCUUUUGUGCGUCCCGAUAAGAAAGUUGCAGAGAUCAGCAGAUGUGCCAUGGCCACGUCUCUCUUUCCAUCUUCUUCCUCACCCCACCUCUGCAUAUUCAAGCUGAAACCCUUCGCUCCUCUCAAAAGCGCCGCUCUCUCUUGGCCCGCGGCCUCUUCACUCUCCACAUCUUCCCAAAGGACCGUCAGAGGCGGCUCAUCCAUUAAAGCGCCGGAGAGAAACCCCAGGGCCGGAAGCUGGAGGCUCCGUGCCGCUGCUGAAGAUGCGCUGGAGAGUUCGCAGCAGAUAGUGUCGUCCGGCGGCGACGACGGCGUGUCGAACGUCGUCUCGGUCCUGCUCUUCGUCGCCUUCCUUGGUCUCUCCAUCCUCACAAUUGGGGAACUGGCUCAAGUCGAGAUUUUUCUGAUGUGGGUGUUGUUGAAUUGGGGGCGUUUGGUUCGAUUCUUGGAAUAGGUGGUCUACAUAGCGGUGACGGACUUUCUGCAGAAGAGGGAGAGGGAGAAGUUCGAGAAGGAAGAGGGGGGGAAGAAGAAGAAAGGCGGGAAGAAGGGGAGGGUCAGGGCGAGGCCCGGUCCGAGAGGGUUCGGCCAAAGGAUCGAUGAGGAUGGGGAUGAUUGACGAUUCGAUGAAGAGGGUUGCGCUUGUUUAGCAGCUCUCGGGUGUAUCACUGCCAUUACUUCUGUGAUUUGCUUGUGUUGCGAGAUGUUGAGCUUCUCUCUGUCAUCCAUCCUUCUUCGCAGACUUCUACUGGAUGUGAAUUGGAUCGUCUUCGGUUAGACCCGUUGGAGCUGGAGUCGGAUUUGGGUCAAAUC